AUGUCGGUUGAACUGAUGUGGGCUUGGACGCUCCUGGCCUUUGUGGUGCAUGACCUCGGAUGGAUCCUGUGGCAUCCGUUGCUUGCUCUUUCCGCAUGCUGUGCUGGAUGUUUUGUGUUGGCGCUUAUCACACAGAGGCAGGCCGCCAACGGAUGUGAUUUUGAUUUAGCGGUCACUGUUUCAGCGUUGUUGUGGUUCGUGGGAAAUUUGCUUUGGAAUUUUAUUGAGUUUGUAUUAGAGGAGGACGAGCCAGCUGGAUUUUUAGCAGGAGUCGGUUUCGUUCGUGAUAUAGGUGACGAAGAGUUCGAGACAUUCAUGUUGACUGCUGUGGCCAUGAUGUUGAUUUCGUUGUUUUGGUUCAUACUGUAUGUUUUCGUGAAUAAUGCUUUAGUAUUCGGACGGUGUGCAGACGAUCCCGAACACUUGAGCGCACAUGUCGGGAGCGCUCCACUGCGGCCGCCCGUAACAUUGGUAUUAUGCCAGGUGCCUUUUCUUGUCUACAUGGAGCUGUCUUUCAUCCCCUGGAUAAUUAUGGACACGUCGUGGUGUCUCGCCAAUGCGGCUGGCCCGACAAGCCUGAGAGUCACGACGCUGCUGCUGACCGUUGGCAUGCUCGGGGGCGCCCUCGCCGUUGCGCUCGAGGUGGACUGCGCACGCCGGAUGUUUGCCAGGGGCAGGAACUACGCCGCCUCAAUGUACGUUGCGGAGAUGUUGUGGGUGCUCGGCAACAUGGUGUGGAUGUCUGAGGAUCUAAUUCAGGACGCCUCUCGCGGCGCUGGCACUGAGGCAAAGAUGACCCAAGAGGCCUCCCAAGGAGGCCCCAAGAGGCAAACAUCACAGCUGUUUCACUGCUUUUGA